UAGUGCAUUGAUUAAGGGAGUAAGGAACAAUUUGGGAUUCAAACUUUUAAGACGCGAGACGAACACCAGGGAGAAUAAACAUUGGCAUUAUUGGAGUUUACAGCGUUCAAGUGUAAAGUUUUAUUUGACAUAUUCGUUACUUUUAGGGGAAAAUCUGAUCAAAGGCGACGCCUUUUUUUCUCUCGCUAAAAUGGCGCCAACGAUUCAAACUCAAGCGCAGCGCGAGGACGGGCAUCGGAGCUCAUCACACAGAACUGUACCUGAGAGGUCUGGUGUUGUGUGUCGGGUUAAAUACUGUAACAGCCUCCCUGAUAUCCCAUUCGACCCCAAGUUCAUUGCAUAUCCCUUUGACCAACACAGAUUUGUGCAGUACAAAGCCACCUCACUCGAAAAACAACACAAACAUGAGUUGCUCACAGAGCCUGACCUAGGAGUGACUAUCGACCUCAUCAACCCUGAUACCUACCGCAUUGACCCUAACAUUUUGCUAGAUCCUGCGGAUGAGAAGCUUCUAGAAGAGGAGAUCCAGGCGCCCACUAGCUCCAAAAGGUCUCAGCAGCAUGCAAAGGUGGUUCCGUGGAUGAGGAAGACGGAGUACAUCUCCACAGAGUUCAACCGAUAUGGUGUGUCCAACGACAAAGUAGAGGUCAAGAUCGGUGUGUCCGUAAAGCAGCAGUUCACAGAAGAGGAGAUUUACAAGGACAGAGACAGUCAGAUCUCCGCCAUCGAAAAGACCUUCGAGGAUGCCCAGAAAAAUAUUACACAGCACUACAGCAAGCCAAGAGUUACACCUGUGGAGGUGUUGCCCGUCUUCCCUGACUUUAAGAUGUGGAUAAAUCCAUGUGCCCAGGUCAUCUUCGACUCUGACCCCGCUCCUAAAGAUGUCACCAGCACUGCAGCUGUAGAUAUGAUGUCACAGGCUAUGAUCAGAGGAAUGAUGGACGAGGAAGGGAACCAGUUUGUUGCAUACUUCCUGCCCAACGAGGAUACACUGCGCAAGCGGAAAAGAGACGUGGAGGAGGAAUUGGACUUCAUGCCUGAGGAGCUAUACGACUAUAAGAUAGCGAGGGAGUACAACUGGAACGUGAAGAACAAAGCAAGCAAAGGAUACGAGGAGAACUACUUCUUUAUCUUCAGAGAUGGAGACGGUGUUUACUACAAUGAGCUCGAGACCCGGGUGCGUUUGAGUAAGAGGCGUGCAAAGGCCGGUGCUCAGUCCACUACCAACGCUGUGCUGGUCUGCAAACACAGAGAUAUGAACGAGAAAGAGCUGGAAGCACAGGAAGCUCGCAGGGCUCAGCUGGAGAACCAUGAGCCAGAGGACGAGGAGGAAGACAUGGACAAGGACAUCCUGGACUCUGGUGAUGAGAAAGAGAAAGGCAGCGAGAGCGAGAACUCGGACAGCGGCUCCGACCAGGAUGAAGAGGACGAACGGCGUGGCGACAACGAGGAAGAGGAGGAGGAAGAAGAGGAAGAAGUGGGAAGGAAGGCAAGCGGUAGUGAGAGCGGAGAGGACCGGCAGGCUCGUGACGAGGAGGAGAUCUUCGGUAGUGACGACGACAGCGAAGAAGAGGACGAGGGCAGAGAGCGGAGGAGGCGAAGCAGCGGAAGUGAGGAAGAGGACGCAGAGGAAGAGGGAGGAAGGGCUAGCGGCAGUGCCUCACCCGCCCACAGCAGCAGCGGCCAAUCAGAGGGAGGGGGAGGGCAAAGCAACAGCGACAGGGGGUCGGACUCCAGUGACGGAAGUGACAGUGAAUGAGAGAUUGUUCCUUCUUUUAUUUAUGUUGACAUCUUUCUUGCUCUAACACUUUAUGUUCCUGCUACACCGUUCUGUUAGAAUCAAUUUUAAUCAAUUCUAACCAAACCUCAACAGUCUGUUGUGAGUGUGUGUCUAGUUGCAGUCAGUUUACAAACGAUUGUGUAAUCUGCAUACACUGUGACCUGUACCAAAUGACACCUUCUUUUACGCUGUCUCAUUAGAAUAAUCUCUUCAAGGGUAGAUGCGGUGUGCUUGAGCAGGGAAAACGCUGACGGUAAACGCGCUAGAUUUCAGCAUUUACACUCAGUGACCUCCUCUGUCUCUUUUAUGCCACAGCUGCAGCAGAUGCUGAUGCUAAAAACAGAUCCUAACCUUUAUAUGUCCUAAUGAAUAUACAUCUUCGCAUCAGAAAGAUCGGUGCAUUGCUCCUCUUCCUCCACAACCCUGUUUUUCUAUUUCUUUAUUAUGAUCCAAAGGUCAUUCUGAAAUUUCUGUACUUUUUGUUUUAAUAGCUUUAGAAAGUCUCCUCACGUCAUCACUUUGCUGUAUAAACUGCUGUAAAUAAAGAACAACCUGUUCAUUUGUUUAAAAAAUGUGACUUUCCUUA